UCUCGGGGUGAAGGCAGACAUGGAGGAGCUGAGCGCCGUGGGAGAGCAGGUUUUUGAUGCGGAAUGCAUUUUAAACAAGCGGCUGAGGAAGGGAAAGUUGGAGUUUCUGGUGAAGUGGAGGGGAUGGUCAUCCAAACACAACAGCUGGGAGCCGCAAGAAAACAUCCUGGACCCAAGACUGUUGGCUGCAUUCAACAAGAAAGAGCAAGAAAAGGAGCUUCUGUUGCUUAAGAAAGGGAAAAGGCCGAGGGGACGACCACGGAAAAUUGUAGAAAAUGUGCCCGAAGCUCCAAAGUCAAGCAGCUCUUCAUCCGGCUCGUCAUCAUCGUCCUCCGAUUCCUCCUCCUCCUGCUCCUCCUCUUCAUCCUCGUCAGAAGACGACGACGACGACGACAGCCAUGCAGCCAAACAGGCAACCCCGGGCGUCAGAACGCGAGACCUUCACCCCGUCCCGCAGAAGAAGGCGCAGAUUGUCGUCGCAAAACAGGAGCCGCCAAAGAAGCGGAGCAGGAAACCCGCGUCCCCUGAAGCGAAGGAACUUCCACAGACCAAGGGCGCUCGCAAAAUCCUGAAGGCGUCCAAAGAUGCCGAUCUUCCGGGAGCGAUCAAGAAGCCCGUUCACCCGGCGAGCUUCACCUUCAUGGGCUUUCACCGGGGCUCGCCGAGGGAUGCGGCGGGCGGCCAGAACAGGAGCUCUCAGAGCCAGAGCGGGGCUGUUAAAAACUCUGUGGGAUCCGGCAGGUCAGUCCAACCGGCCUCGCUCGCUCUGAACAAAUCCAGCCAGAGCAGGAAUGUCGCCGAGGGUAAACUGUCCAUCUCCAGUAUGAGCAGCGGGACAAGUCUGGAUUUGAAAGCAGCUGCUAGUAAAUCAAAAGGGGUCGCAGCAUUGAAUUUGAACACAUCCAAACACCUCAUUCAAGGAACCACUCAGCAUACACUAAGCUCCCCCAAUGGACAAAAGAAACCCCAGGCCCCUGUGUCAACACUGCAGCGGAUACCCAACACUAAAGCAGUGGCUUCCUUACCAUCUAAAAACGCCUCGUCCAAUCAGGGCCCUCAGCCGCUCAACCUUCAGAACAAACUGGUGCAAAGCAAAGAUGCUCCUGGAAAUGUCGCCGCUCCAGUAUCAGGCCCGAGGAAUGCAACGAACCCAGCGAGGAAAACUACCGUCUCACAGAACCAGGAGUAUAAUGCUCCCAAGAGUCCGGCAGCCCCUGGAAGACUUCACACCAGAAAGAGCCAGCCUGCGACAGAAAAGGUGAAGGAGGCGACUGAAAUCCAGACCCCCAGAGUCCAAGGCAGGCUGGAGAAGAGCGGCGUGCAGAAAUCCUCCACGGAGGUCCAGAGCCAGCAAGAGAGAUCGGCCUCCAAAGACGGCAAGAAAGGCAAAAUGAAUGACAUGAGCACGGGCGAAGAGGAGAGCAGCUCCGAGUCCGACCAGGAUUCUUCCUACGUCGGACAGGACGGCUCGGUAGCGGUCCAGAGCCAGGACUGGAAGCCCACGCGUAGUCUGAUAGAACACGUGUUUGUAACGGAUGUCACGGCUAAUCUAGUUACUGUCACAGUCAAGGAGUCGCCAACCAGUGUGGGCUUCUUCAGCAUUCGCAACUACUGACAGGACUCCAGACACUGCAAACCAGAUGGGCUUUCAAGCAAAAAGGGAGGGCGGGGGUUUCGGAAGGAAUUAGAUAAACCUUUGGCUGGAGAAUUCCUGAGGAAUGCAUCAGGGACCGGAGGUUAAUUUUGCGCUUCAUCUUCUUUUAGUAAAAGACCAGUUUUUUAGGUUAAAAGAAAAAAGGACUGAACGUCAGUUAUUGAUUGUUAUUAUUUAUUUGCUCAUGUCUACAAAUUGUUCAAGAAAUUCAAGAGGGUGCUUUUUGGUCUCGGCUGAUAAUCUCAAAGAAACUAAUCUUGUUGGUUUCAGUGAGUCCAAAAUUGCGUCUUUUGCUGGAGAAAAAUAACUUAUUCAUCUUCUCAGUGUCGAGAUAAAAACUUCUGAUCUCUUCUGUUUCUCUGUUGAUGAGAUCUGUUUUGUUAUAACCAUAGAAAUAGAAUAGGAGUACAACGGACAUUCCCAUUCAAAUCAAUGUCACAGGAUGGUCAGAACGGCGGCCAAUUUUAUAUGUACCGGUGCUAGAACUAAUACUGCAGGGAUGACGCAUUUUUGUAGGCAAACCAGGGAAGUUGGCAUGUGGUGUGUCGCCCUAGGUUCCAUCAACAAAGAGCCGAUGGGAUUUUUCCAUUGGGGUUUGGAUUAUUGCACAAAUUAAGUUUUGUGUCAAACAUACAUUUAUGUUACUUACUACACGUUUUGUUCAGCAAAAAGCACAAAUGAACACCACAUUUCACAUGAAGAGUGAAUGCAAUCACUAAAAGUAAAAAGCUAAUGUUAGGCUAUAAAUGAACCACACCACGGUGGUUGUAAAGGCUGUAAAGGCUGUAAAGGCAGACAAGUCGGCGUGAUGACGUUUUGUAGUCUGAUUUUGCCACUUGUUACAGACACAUAGACACAUACAAGCUUAAAAAUUCACAAGUGGGUUAUUUAUUUGUGUACUUUAUAUUGUAGAAUGAAAAGUUAAAAUCUCCACAGACCUUAUUUCAGGCAUCUAACUAAAUAAAUAUUCAAAAAAGACGAGGGAACCGGAAGUGCUAAAAUCAUUUCCAGGCUUUAAGACUCAUUCCUGCAGCACUCUAUUGCAACCGUUGUAACUAACUAACUUCCGUAUAAACAGACUUGCGGCAAGUCAUGGACUCACUCCUGCUGGCGUGACGUGUAAAACAACAGCGUCGGAGUCUAGUGUGUGUUUGCGUAGACCCAUCAUGUCGACUGUUCCCUAUUAUAAAUACCUAAUAAAGAAAGUAGGAAUUGGCCUUAACAGACGUCGAUUCAGCUCUGUGACUACAAUGUGUAACACACUUUACAAAACUCAAAACUGACAUGAGUUGUCACCUUAACAACCAACAAUUGCCAUUUUCUUUUUAACUUGUCAAAUGACCACAGCAAACAGUUCAAUGUCCUGUUCUUCUAUAUCUAUGGUUAUAACCUACAACACAGCAGAUAAGAUACUAAUGAUGAAAGGGUUGGGCAUGAGCAGGAGGCGUAACCUCUGUUAUGGGUAGCAGACAUUUAGUUCAUAAUGUUUCAGUGUUGUGAAUCCAUAUCAAUCAAUAGCUAAUGUAAACCAGUUUUUUAAUUCUUAGUAUAGAAUUGUUUAUUUUUUUAACAUUUCAUAAGUUAGCUACCUCUUUUUUUUCUCUCGAUGUUUGCUGCAUAUGUAUAUUCAUUUUCUCGUGGGAUAGGAAAACCUUUUCCCUCCAGGGUAUACCAUCAUUGUGUCCAUAUAAUUGUUUUUUUUAUAUAGCUCUAAAAUGUAUUGGACUCUCAUGCUGUAUAGACUUUGUGUUAGUACCAGCGAGCAGCUCCAGCAGCAGCAGACACAACAGCUUCAUUUUGCUGUGUAAUGAAAAAAAAACGAGUUGAACUGUGCGCACCAUUAUCGCCUCGAAAAAGAAGUUUCAUUCCACAGUGCAGCCAGUUUAUCAGCACCCGUUUCCAAACGGGCCGAAGCAUGCUGGGAGUCAGAUAGAGUAUCUCUGUUCCUCCCUGCCGUUCAGAUAAGACUCCAACUGAGGUUUGCUCUUCUGCCUUCUGCAUCAGUUCUGUCCUUCGUUCACCAGCAACUCUAAUCUUUCUCAGACUUGUAAUUAAUAUGGAUAAAAACCAGAGAACAAGUGCUCGUGUUGACACGGCAGGAUGAUGUUGAACGGCACACCUGACGACGCUUCUCACCAGCCCCUUGAGAUCGCUGCUUUGAUCCCACCGCGGGAGAGGUUUGGGUGUGGACAAAGCUCGACAAAUAAACCGCUCGGCAUUGUUUGUCGCCGACCAGAUGUCAUCGUUGUCCGUUGCUACUGGUGUUUCAAAAAAUGUCUGGAACUGAAAUACCAGAUCUGGUUGGUUGUUUUUUCUCUUUUUCCUUGCAGCUGCAGACGUCUCAUUUCACCCGCCUGCAUGGGUUCAGGAGCUGCAGGCCCGGCCCUCCCAGAAAAAGAAAAAAAUAAAAGAAGAUCUUUAUCUGAUGUAACGGAAAAGAAACCACAACAAUGUGCGCUACUUUCUGCUCCCUCGAGAGGAGUUCAGCAACAAAGCACUUCGACUGAACUCUUCUGUCUAAUCCUGCUCUGCAGACUGUGCCUUUUCUUUCUCUCAAAGACUAAACACAAAGGCAUUACCCCAAAGAUAGUUAGAAUUUCAGGUUGCUCAAUAAAAAGGAGCACCCCUAGAGCAUAGCACGGAAGACCGGACUGUUUCAUUUCCUAGUCCGUAUUGUGUUGAAACAGAAAAAAGAAGAAGACUUAUCACAAAUGUAUGGAACCAGACACGUUUGAUGCCUUAUUGAAAGAAUAGAUUAAAGUUAUUGUAGUUUUCCAUAUAGCUCCGACGUAUCUUUCAAAGUCAAAGAAAUGCAUCAGGCAGUAGGUAAAAGUUUAGUCUAGUUGAAUCCUUCACACUCACACUACCAUGUGAUAGGCUAUGGGGUAACGCACGGUGUUUAUAUGAUGAAAAUGAUUUGUUUUUUAUUCUAUCUGCUUUUCUUAAUUAAUGAAAAGAACAAACUCGGCAUACAUAUGUUUCCAGUUUUUUUUUUUUUUUUUUAGCUCUACUAACCAUCUCGAUGGAAUAUUGUUCUCUUUACAAUCUAUUUAUUUCAAAUCAAGAGCCUUUCAGGGUAGAAUGGUGUCACCAAUACUUGUAUUGUGCCACUUGUCAAAUUGACUAAUAAAUGGUACAACCUUC